UCCCUCAACCCUUUAUUUAGCUCACUCCAAACUACAGCAGUUAGCCAGUUAUGGAGGACACUAAAAAAGCCCAUAAAGCCCAUGUUCUUGUUCUUCCAUACCCGGCCCAAGGCCACAUUAACCCAAUGCUUCAAUUCUCCAAACGCUUAUCUUCCAAAGGCAUCAAGCCCACAUUAAGCCCAACCAUCUACAUUUCCAAGUCCAUGCAAACCACCACCAUCCCAACCCACUAUGGCCCACCGAUCCAAAUCCGACCCAUUUCCGACGGCUACGACGAUGGCGGUUAUAACCAAGCCGAGUCAACCGCGGUCUACUUAGAUAGCCUUCGAACCAACGGUUCGGUAUCCUUGGCCCACCUUAUCAAGAAGCUACAUGAGGAAGGGGAUUCGGUUAAGGCAAUAAUUUAUGAUGGGUUUUUACCUUGGGCCUUGGAUGUAGCCAAACAGUUUGGGCUUGUUGGGGUGGUGUUUUUCACUCAGGCUUGUACAGUUAAUAGCAUUUACUACCAUGUUCAACGUGGGCUGAUCCAGCUACCGCUUUCGGGCCAUGACUCGACUAAAGUUUCGGUUCCCGGGGCUCCGGAGCUCCACCCGUGGGAGGCUCCGUCGUUCGUGCACAGCUACGGGUCGUACCCGUUUUGGUUUGAUGUGGUUUUGGGACAGUUCUCUAAUAUUGAUCAAGCGGAUUGGGUGUUGUGCAAUAUCUUCUAUGAUAUGGAGAAAGAGGUGGUUGAUUGGAUGGCGAAGAUGUGGAAAAUAAGAACAAUAGGACCAACAGUUCCAUCAUAUUACCUCGAAAACAGACUAGAAGAUAACAAAGACUACGGUCUACAACUCGUGAAGCCAAACACAACCAUAUGCAAAAACUGGCUAGACUCCAAACCUAGAGACUCCGUCAUCUACAUAGCCUUUGGAAGCGCGGCUAAGUUAUCCGAACAACAGUUCGAAGAGCUAGGAAGAGGUUUAAUCAACAGCCACCAUAACUUCUUAUGGGUGGUAAGAGACUCAGAGCAAGCAAAACUCCCCAAAGGGUUCCUAGACGAAAUAUUAUCUGGUCAAGGUUUGGUGGUGGAAUGGGCAUCCCAGCUAGAGGUGUUAGCCCACGAGGCGAUAGGGUGUUUCGUGACACACUGUGGGUUUAACUCGGUUCUGGAAGCGUUGUCCCUUGGAGUGCCGGUGGUGGGGAUACCGCAGUGGACGGACCAAGGGACUAAUGCUAAGUUUUUGGAAGAUGUUUGGGGAGUUGGUAUCAGAGCUAAGGUUGAUGACGAUGGAAUUGUGAGGGAGAAACAAUUCGAGAAAUGCAUUAGGGAAGUGAUGGAGGGUGAGAGAAGGGAAGAGAUUACGAAGAAUGUGGUUAAGUGGAAGAAGUUGGCUAAAGAGGCUGUUGAUGAAGGUGGAAGUUCUGAUAAGAAUAUUGAUGAGUUUGUAGCUUUUCUAGGAGGAUGUUAAUUAUAAAAUUGAACUUGAUAACUUUUACUACUUUUAUUUAGUUGCUUAUAUCUAGCCAAAUUGUGGGACUUAUAAGUGUUACACAAAUUGUUAGACAAAAGAUUCGAACAUGUUUUCGUACGCUA